AUGAGCGGGGUGCUGUCAGGGGUAACCACAUCUGUCAACCGUUCUUGGCCAAUAAAGAGCGGAGCGAGGCGGACCACAGGUGCGCGCCUCUGCGUCCCCUUGGCACAGCGCCCGGGAGAUGCUGGAGAGAGACGCCUAGCUGCCCCGUGGCGCAAAAGAGUUACUGUCAAAGGCAGCCUCCUUUUAACUCCAGCUAUCACUCUGGCUCCGAUAGUUAUGGCGACCGCAACGUCCAACCACUACAGCGUCCUCACCACCCCCAGCAGCGCGCCGCCGCCGCACUCGGAGUCCGGGAGCAUGCAGCAGGCGGCAGCGUACAGGGACGCGCACACCCUGCUCCAGAACGACUAUAGCACGUUACCGGGCGGUGGACAUCCGCUCAGCCACGCGCACCAGUGGAUAACGGCGCUGUCUCACGGUGACGGCGGGGCGCCCUGGCCAUCUAGUCCCCUCGGAGAACAGGACGUGAAGCCCGUACUGCACGACAGUGACCGAGAGGAACUGCAGAACUCCAGCAGUCUGCAGCAGCAACAGCAGCAGCAACAGCGACACCCUCACCUAGCGCACCAGCAGGCGCAUCACGACGCCAGAGCAUGGCGAACCAGCACAGCCACCACGCACAUCCCCGGUAUGGCGACAUCUGAGGGCCAGAGCCUGGUGUAUUCCCAGUCCGGCUUCGGUCUGAUGCCGGGGGGAGAGCAAGGGGGGAUGCACCACCACCCCCUGCGGGACGAGGACCACCACAGCCACAGCCCGCACCUCAGUGAACAUGGAGGCGGCCCAGGGGCCCACCAGCAGUCUCUCUCACACCAUCACCAGCACGGGGGCCAUCAGGACCAGUCAGACGAGGACACGCCGACCUCCGACGAGUUGGAGCAGUUCGCCAAGCAGUUCAAACAGCGACGUAUCAAGCUGGGCUUCACCCAGGCGGACGUGGGACUGGCUCUUGGGACGCUGUAUGGAAACGUCUUUUCUCAGACCACCAUUUGCAGGUUCGAGGCGCUUCAACUCAGCUUCAAAAACAUGUGUAAACUCAAGCCCUUGUUGAACAAGUGGCUGGAGGAGGCGGACUCCACCUCGGGGAGCCCCACUAGCCUGGAUAAAAUCGCGGCACAGGGAAGGAAAAGGAAAAAGAGGACCUCCAUCGAGGUGGGCGUCAAAGGGGCUCUGGAGAGCCAUUUUCUCAAAUGUCCAAAACCAGGAGCAGCGGAGAUCAACUCCCUAGCGGACAGCCUGCAGCUGGAGAAGGAGGUGGUGAGGGUUUGGUUUUGUAACAGGCGGCAGAAGGAGAAGAGGAUGACACCCGCUGGGGGACAGAUACCAGGAGGAGAGGACAUGUACGGGGACACCCCUCCUCAUCACGGAGGACAAACUCCUGUUCAGUGACCUCCAGUCCGUUAUUCUGAGCAGAACACGGACCCCUUACGGAGGAAUAAUGCCUCCUUAUUUGUUUGAUUCUCUGUGCCGGACCGCUCGGAACUGGACCUCAGCCAGUUUAAAUGUCGGACCCACGGACACACAGUGGGGAUAUACAGUGGCACUCAAGCACUAAAAAUACGCAUAGUAGAGAGCUGUAUGGAGAGGUUUCAUGCCGCGGAACUGCCAAGCAUAUUGGGAUACAGCUGGUGUGUGCUAACCAAAAAAGAAAAAAAAAAAGAAAAAACAGCGACAUUGAUACGAAACGCUUUUACCUUCUACCGAGGCGCCGUUAUGUCAUUAUGUAAUGUGUCAUUAAAGAAAGGCGAGAGUGUGAGAUGGACACGAGGUGUCCGCAAGGGGGGAAAAAUAUAAAAACAAGCUUGGGGCUCGAUGAUAAGUCGCAGUCAGUGUGGGUAAAUAAACGCCAUCUUUCCAUCAUAACAAAAGCAACAGGGGUUCUUCGCAGCUUGUGGCAAGAGAGGGCUGAAAUGGCAGACACCUGCUGU